AUGGGUGACCAAUCUACUCCUCCUACCUUCAAGCUCGUCCUGGUCGGUGACGGUGGUACUGGUAAGACCACUUUCGUCAAGCGCCACCUGACUGGUGAAUUCGAGAAGAAGUACAUUGCCACUCUCGGUGUCGAAGUUCACCCCCUCACCUUCACUACCAACCUGGGAACCAUUCAGUUCGAUGUCUGGGAUACCGCCGGUCAGGAGAAGUUCGGUGGUCUCCGUGAUGGCUACUACAUCAACGGCCAGGCCGGUAUCAUCAUGUUCGACGUUACCUCCCGUAUCACCUACAAGAACGUUCCCAACUGGCACCGUGAUCUCGUCCGUGUCUGCGAGAACAUCCCCAUUGUUCUCUGCGGUAACAAGGUUGACGUGAAGGAGCGCAAGGUCAAGGCCAAGACCAUCACCUUCCACCGCAAGAAGAACCUCCAGUACUACGAUAUCUCCGCCAAGUCCAACUACAACUUCGAGAAGCCCUUCCUGUGGCUCGCUCGCAAGCUGGUCGGCAACCCCCAACUGGAGUUCGUUGCUGCCCCCGCUCUCGCUCCUCCCGAGGUCACCGUCGACCACGUGCAGCUCGCUGCUUACAAGAAGGAGAUGGACGACGCUGCCAACAUGCCCCUCCCCGAUGAGGACGAUGCCGACCUGUAA